CUUCCGGUUCUGACUCCACUCAGCUUGACGUGAACGGGAGAAGACAGAAAAGAAGAAGAAGAAGCUGUAGCUAUGGGAGUCAAACUGUAUUACACCACGGUUACUGCCUCACGGACGGUAAAGUCCCAGCAGGCUGAGGUGAUUCGGAUCCUCGACAGUAAAAGUAUCCAGUAUGAGCUGAUUGAUAUCUCUGUGGGAGGGGAGCUUCGGGACGAGAUGAGGAGCAAAGCAGGAGACCCCACUGCUGUCCCUCCUCAGCUUUUCAAUGAAGACCAGUACUGUGGG